UUUCCCUUCUAAGAAAUUAUUGUACUCGAAAAAUUUCUAAUCGCAGUAAUUGUGGAGAAAAUGGUAUGUCAACGGGUUAAGUAUAUCAUACCUGCAUAUGAAACAAUAGAUGUCACGACGACAGGCUGCACGGACUCCCCAUCCGUCGCGAUGACAGUCAUAUUGUGACCUUCAAUUGUUAAUUCUCCAGGGCAGUUACCACAGAAAGAGUUAAUCAUACGGAAACGGUAACGAUUAUUGGCAUCCACUAUGAUAAUUUCCAUGUUACUGUUUAUUGUAUCCUAAAUCGUAAAGCGUCCCAUUAGAAGUAUUUCGCACAACAAUGAUUCGUCGAUACUGCAUAUGGGUGAAAAUUCUAAAAUGUUUCCUUAAAUAAAUUCCUUAAGAACAGAUAUUUCUUUUUGAACGAAGUUCCUGAUUUUUUUUUCAAAUAAAAUAUAACUGUUUAACUCGAUUCUUAAUAUGAAAUUAAGACACAGAUUAUUUUAUUAUUCUUUAAUACGUCUUUCGGGUUUAGUUGCAACAUUUUGGAAGCAUAGCAAGGAUGUAAAUCGAACUUACUGUUCCAUUGAUUAAGAAUUGUCCCCUUCCAUUAAUCAACAAAGUAUCAGGCCGUUGACCGACUACACCCCACUCACGACCCGGAUAACGUUCGACAGCGUUUUCGUUCAUCCAAUCGCUAAUGAAAAGCACGUGACUCGCUAAAUCAUAAUCAUAAAGAUCGAUACUAGGAUCUUGUUCAGCUGGUUCCCGGACAAUGAAGCUACCGGAAACACCGUUCAUCUUCUGCAACCCGAUGUGGGAAUGCCAAAAAUGCAAUCGGGCACUGAGUAACGAAUGGAACUCCGUCGUAAUAUUGGCUGCCGUACUGAAACAAUCCGUGCCAAUGGAUCGUAAUAUGCUCCUCAGAAAUCAUGUUUUCAACAUCGAUCACGAUGAAAUCGCCUAAACAAACUUGUAUACUUGGUCCCGGAAGCAUUCUGUUCACCGACAAAAGGCUCCGUUGCACCCCAUUUGCAACAACGCACUGGCAAUUAGGACAAAUACUGACAGGAUACCGUUCAACCACGAAAUGGUAAUAACAAUUCUUCGGUUUACCCUCCUCGCAGGUACAUAACCAGCUAUUAUCUGUGAGCUUGACACAUCAUUCGCACCUGAAAUUACAGAUGAUUUCUUGGAAGAAGGAUAUUGCAAAUAUAAGAUGAGUGCUCAAGAUAUUGUAAGCAUUUAUAAAAUAGCGAAAAUGUGACACCUAUUCUUUUGAUCUUCAGUAAAAGCGGUACGCAAUGAUCAGGCACAUUUUUAAAAUUCCCCUCGGUACCGAGUCGGCAAAACAUGUCCAAAUUCGACUUCUAUUGCUACUGAUAGACCAAUUUGGAUAGAUGUUCAUGCGCCGUACUUUUAUCAAUGCUUCGUGAUUUGCACGUAAGAAAAUAGAAAAUGCAAUUGAAAGUAAACAAAAGCACAUUAGAGUGUUCUCGUAUUUCUUUGUGACAUUUCACAAUAAUUAUUUCUGUAAGCAACAUAAACAUUUAUUCCGCUGUCUAUUCGAAACUUCAUAUGGAAUACAUUUUGCUUGAAAUGUAAAAGAUGAUCUGCGCGCAAAAUAAAUCUUGCUGUUUCAAUUGAAAAAUAUCGUCAUAAAUAACACGAGAAAAAUAACAUUGUCAUUUAUGUAAUUAAUGUGACAAACAACUUCUUUUUCUGACAAAUAUCUCGUAAUCGUUUGUUAUCCACGUUAAUUACAAUAUUGCAAUGAGAUUUCAUGCGACAUUUACACUUUUAUGUCAGAAGUAUAAAAGUCUCUUUCGGUGUGUCAGUGUCACAAGACAAUGGAGUUACUGCUUAAUCUAUAGGGUGUUCCACAGGUUUUUACACUUACCAGCAUGCGCUGUAGGUAUUAGAAAAAUUAAAUCACUUUCUGUUUCUCAACAGCAUACCAGGGUUUAAACACAUUUGUAAUUUUUCUCGUAUGAUUUACUCGACAUGACCAUAAUUGAUGAGGAGGAGCAAUCGGUUGUACAUAGUAGAAAGAAAAGUUGUACUACAUUGAUUGAGAUAAGGACAUAUAGAUAUAUAGAGAUAGUUAUAGAUUAGCAGAAAUGCAACACCUUCAGUCGACAGCACAAUGUAUACGAGAGCAAUUCUUUUGAUCCUCGGUUUAAUUAUCAAUGUUCACGGAGCAUUGGUACCACGAAUCGUCGGAGGCCACAAUGCAACACCAGGAAAAUUUCCUUACGAAGCAUGCAUACUGAAAAGAUCUUAUUUUAUAUGCGGCGGGUCCAUCAUUUCGGAAAACCUAAUUCUUACUGCAGCUCAUUGUAUUUAUGGGGAGAGUGUCUCCGACAUCGAAGUGGUUGUUGGAACUUAUACUUUGCCAUUAUGGAAACCCGCGAUAAAAUAUUCACCGCGGAAACUAAUUUGGCAUGCCCACUACAACCCGCAAAAAGAUUUUUUAAACGAUAUUGGUUUAAUAUGGUUGACUAAAAAUAUUCCAUUUACCGAAAACAUUCAACCAAUUCGUCUUCCGUCCGUAAAUCGCGAUGCAACGGGUGAAAAGGCUGUUAUUACUGGCUGGGGAAGACUUUCCGUAAGUUUAUCUACAAUUUGUUUGCAACGUACACUGAAGUUAAACUUAUAUUAUGAUAUAGAGUUACUUCUACAGGAGAACGGAAUAACUCCAUAUAUUUUACAAGAAAUUGAAUUGGAGAUAAUAUCACAACAGUAUUGUCUGUUGGAAUGGAAUGUAACGGAUUCUCAGAUCUGCACGCUCACAAAAAUAUCCGAGGGUGUUUGCAAUGGUGAUUCUGGUGGACCAUUGGUUUUAAAUGGUGAACAAGUUGGAAUCGUCUCAUACGGAAGCCCGUGUGCCAGAAACAUUCCUGACGUGUACACCAAAGUGUAUAGUUACAAACAGUGGAUAACGGAAUACACAAAAUUUACAGCCACUUUUUCAAAUGCAACUAAUACAAUUACGAAAGUGUGGAUUUCGUCGAUACUAGCAAUAUUGACGUAUUUACAUUUUCUUGUAUAAAAUGAUCUCGUUUUACCAUACGUCCAUAACGAAUUAUGUAGACAAUUAAACUAUCAGCCUUUUUCAAAAA